AUGACAAAUAGAUCAUUUGUAAACUAUGUUUAUGGUGUAGUUACAAUCGGUGGAUUAAUAGUGAAUAAAGAACCGUUACAGUUUACUGAAUCAUCUUCGCAGCCUUGUACUUGGACGAUAUCGGUCAACUUGUUAAAUGAUAACCCGGCUCAAGAUAUCUUGCAAGUGCAGUACAAGAGUUCAUUGUACAAUGUAAUUGCAUCUUUUACAAAUGAUGCAAAUGACAAAAUCUACUAUUACGGUACAGUCUCUGUACCAAGUCCAACCACUGGUAAUGCCACUGGCACACCUGACAAUAUAACAAUAUCAACCACUACUUCUAUCUACAAUUUAGCAUAUACAGGUUCUCCUUUGAUUUGUACUGUUGGAGAUGCUGAUCCUUCAAUAACACAUUACGGAUAUUUCUAUGAUUCAAUUAGAAAUGAAGGUGUUUUUAAUAUACAAACAACAAUAUUAUAUGAUCCCGUCACUGUUUGUUCUAGUUCUGUUUGUGGUCCAACAAGAGUGGUUGCAGAUCGUCACACAUCCCCAAUGACUCGAACUAGAAUCUAUGAAAUUACAUUCUCAACAUCAACAACAACCUCUAGUCAAAUGUUAUCGAUUCUAUCUGCUCAGGCGACUAUACCAUCAUUGUUUAGUAGUUCUGUACAAACAACUGUUAGUUGUCCACCAAGUAGUAUUACAGCGUAUGGAUAUAAAGGUGCAAUUUCAUCAUUUGACUGUCAAGUAGAAAUGACUGGUCCAUCGGUGUUGACCACCCAACAACCAGCUGCCUUUUUUUUCCCCACCAAAGGUAAUCGUACAUCGGGUGUCUACACCUUCUACUUUUAUACGCAGUCUCCUGCCACGCACAUUUUACUGCUUCAAGCUUUCGGCACUUCAAACUUUGUAGAUAGACAAUACACUAUAACAUUUACAAAAAUGACAAGUACAUAUUUUAUUAAUAGUAUUGUUAGUAGUAAUAAUACAGUGGCAGUAUUACCAACUAAUCCAUCAGCAUUGAUGAGUUUUUCUACGACUAAAAACCUUUCACCAUCCACACUUACUUGGACAGUGGAUGAUCAGUUGAGAGAAAGAAUGUUAUAUCAUACAUUCCCAUUCUCUUUUGGAUAUGGUAAUGCAGAUAGCUAUGUACAUACCCUCUCCCUUAUCAUUCCAUCAUUUUAUCAAUUCUCUCCCUUCAAGUUGACAGUCGAAACCUAUGGUACUUCAAAUUUUUUAACUGUUCAAAAAUCAGUUACUGGUAAUGAAGAUAUAAUUGCACCACAAUUAUUAAAUAUAAAUUAUCAAUUUUUAGAUUAUAAUAGUGGUAUUAUUAAAUUAAAGAUUAAAGAUUUGGGAUCUGGUGUGAAAAAGAUAGUCAUUGCUGGAAAUGAAUUAACAAUUAAUGAUUUGUUAAAUGGAACGGUUAGAGAUGGUUGGUUUAGUAAAGAGAUAUCAUUUAGUAUGUUUGGAGAUUAUGUGACAGCUAUAUUGAUUUAUGAUAUUGCUGGUAAUGUCAAAGAGUAUAGUAUGGAUGCACUAUACAUUGAUGAGAAUCAAUCUCUAAAGACCAUUCCAAACAUUUAUACCAUCUCGCGCAUGGAUGUUUUCAAUAUUGGAAAUGUUGCCUAUUCCCACAUCGAUAUUAUCAAUGUUACCACCCAGACACAACCAUUUUGGAUUGCAUUUGAUCUAGUAUCUGCACCAUUUGUAAAAUCGAGAUGGUCACCACAACUACUUGUCUUGGGUAAUGGUAUGGCCACCCAAAGAAAGAUUGUGACGGGUCGGUACGAUGGCGACGCCUAUUACAUUCGUUGGGACGUACCUAUCGGAUCAAUCCCAGGUGAACUCCCAUUCCUCUUGAUCAAUCGUGACAUUAGUUCUCAAUUACUACGUCUCCGUAAAGUAUUGUCAGUCGACGGUCCCACCAUCGUAAACAAGGGUCUGUAUACUCAGGCUACAGGACCAAAGUUUGUAAUCAAUGCAAAGGUUUUAGAGGUUGUCAUUACACCUGGUGGCACAGGAGGUGUCAUCUCAUGGACUGGAGUAAUAUUUGACUAUGCAUUGUUUGCCUCGGCGCAGAUUGUGAUCCAAGGGUCAGAGGAUCCACUACCUUAUCAAUUUGCAGUGCUUCCAAACGCGACUGGUAUCUUUGAAAUUAGUAUUCCAAUCGCAAGCAAUUGCAAGACUCAAAACUAUACAGUCUCUCGACUAGAAGUAGUGACCAUCACCAAACAACUUUUGACCUACGAUCCAUAUUAUGGUAUCGAUUCAAUCAAUCCACUCUCGGGUAUUGAUUUGAUCAAUAUCAAAUGUACACCCACUGUCGAUAAUACACCUCCCGAUGUUACUGCUUGGAAUGUCAUCGAGGUCAUCCCAAGAUACAGAUACAAGGUCGACUAUACUGUCCAGGAGCAGGGUACCUCUGGUCUGUCAGCACGUCACAUUCCAGUAGUAUAUGCACUCAACAGUGCCAAGGAUCUACUCUCGUUCAACUCGACUCGUCAGGGUGCUACCAACACAAUCCAGAGUACCUAUACCGCCAUCAUUGAUCUUCCAUACGGCUUUGUUCUAGGUGGUGGUUUUGGACUUUCACUUUACGGACUGGUUGACAAUAAUCUAAACUUUAAUGGUUAUUCAACAUAUGAUCUCGAAUCUCUAGGCUUUAAGGCUUAUUUCCCAACCUUUGAUAUUAUAGACCCCGUCAUUACAUCAAUCGACCCAUUGACUCAAGACUCCAAGGGUGUUGGUCAGCUUGUCGUCAAGGGUGAUGCUUUUGGAUCGCCACUGCAACUGGCCACUGUCAAGGGUUUCAUCCAAUGUGAUGGCGGUGCCAUCAUCCCUGUUCAGUCGAGUCAUUUGCCUAUCAACUUGUUUUCCAUGUCUCUAGACCACUCACAUCGCCAAUUAUCGACGGUCACCAACUUUACAGUUGCCUCUUAUGCCCCUCCUCCAGUGCCAGCCGUUAUUUGUCCCAACAACUGUAACAGUCGUGGAAAUUGCACAAGUUCUGGUUGUGUAUGCACAUCGCCAUACAUUGGAUCCGAUUGUCUUGGUCAAACUGACAAUGCCACAAAGACAACCAUCGAUCAAACCGUUCCAACAACCUCUUUCCUCACCAAUCAAACUGACGCCAACAACACAAUCACUGCCACCCAAAUUGUUACAACAAUUUCAUUGGUUGAAAUUAGAGAGAUGGAUAUCGAUGAUAAAGAGGUUGUAUCCUACAAGCAAUUGAAUUGGACACCUUACAACUUGACAUUAAACAGUACUGAAAAGCAAGUGUUCCUCUACAACACCACAAUACAAGGGGACAAGGCAACAAUCAAUGUUACAUUGGAAUACUUAGAGAUGGAACAAACCUACAACUUUGCCAACCAAAAUUUUACGGUCCCAAGUCAAUCUGUUAAAUAUUCCGUUGCCAUUUCCAAUUAUGUCUUUGCAAGUCAACUCAAUCACAUGGUGUUGUUGUUCAACACUAGUAUCGGUAGGGAUGAAUGUGCAAGCAAAGAGGCUGGCUAUCUCGAUAGUUCUAAUAAUUUAUUGGCAUGGAUUGAAUUGUCAGUCGGUCAAAAUGUACUCUAUGCAAGAUUCCAACAAAAUGCAAUCGUCGAUGAUCGUAUAGUCUCUAUCCAAAAUUCAAUCGUUCCCAAUAAUAAUACAAAUUCAGUCAAUAAUACUGCACUUGUAGGAAUUCAUUUACCAAUCUUUUCAAAUUAUGCUAUUAUUGAUCCUGAUUUUUCAUUAUUAUUAACGGAUAAAAAAGUUACAACCACUUGUAUCAAUGGAGAGAUGGUUGAAGAGGAAAAGAAUGAAAAUUGGAAGGUCAUUGUCAUUGCUGUCGUUUGUAGUGCUGUUGGAGCAACAGUACUUGUUAUUGCAACCGUUUAUAUUUUAAAGAAAAACAAAUGGAGAAUUAGAGAGCAAACUAUUAAAUUAAGAAGAAGAAAACCAAGGGGAAAUUAA